CUUAAAGUCAUAAAAGUAAUACCAAGAAAUAUAUACACAGUCGCCAAACAAAACAACUCCAUCUCUCAAGACACAACCAAACUAAGAAAAGAAAGCAAAGUCUCAGAUGGCUCAGAACGGUCUGACCAGUACUGUGAAGUUAUUAGGGACGUGGGGAAGUCCAUUCGCUUUAAGGGCUCAAGUAGCUCUACAUCUCAAGUCCGUAGAGUACGAGUACAUAGAAGAAGUCCUGAAUUCGAAGAGUGGUCUUCUUCUUGAAUCCAACCCAAUCUACAAGAAAGUCCCUGUCCUAAUCCACGGUGAUGUCUCUAUCUGCGAGUCUCUCAACAUCGUCCAGUACAUCGAUGAAUCUUGGCCGUCAGAUCCUUCCAUCCUCCCCUCACAUCCCAGUGAUCGCGCCUUUGCUCGUUUCUGGGCUCACUUCGUCGACGGAAAGUGCUUUGAAACGAUCAAUGCGGUGGCAGGAGCAAAAGAUAAUGUUGUGAGAAUGGCCAUGGCGGGGAAUUUGAUAGAGUGUCUAGCGUCGCUUGAGGAUGCGUUUCAGAAAAGCAGCAAAGGCGGAUACUUCUUCGGAGGAGAAAACAUUGGGUUCCUAGACAUCGCAUGUGGGGCUACGGUGGGCCCACUCUCUGUCGUCGAGGUGUUUUCAGGUGUGAAGUUUUUGAAUGAAGAUACAACACCAGGCCUGCUAAACUGGGCCGAGAAAUUCAGGGCCCAUGAAUCCGUGAAACCUUACUUGCCUUCUGUCGCCGAGUUUCUUGAAUUCGCCAAAACGAAGUUCAAUGUUCAGUGAUGAUUUACAAUCUCUUAAUGAUUUUAUAAAGAUGUGUUGGAAUAUAAUUUAUGUUUAGAAUAAAGUAAAUGAUGUCUGUAGAUUUGGAGGAGUUACUAUUUGUGAGAACUGGAAAUGUUAUAAUUGGC